AGGAAGGUAGAGCCCAGAAGUGCCCAGUCAGCGAUCUGGUCUGACCACAUUUUAAAGUUGAUGCUUUCUGGUAUCCUGAUCCUAACUCAAAUUUCUCAGCUCUGGGAAGGACACCUUUCCCUCCCGCCAGACACUUGUAUACUCUUGUCAUUAAGCUAAAGAAAGAGUCUUGAAGAAAGAAAAUCAUCAGAUUAUGGUUGAAAACAAACUUGUGACUAUUUUUCUGGAACCCACUAAGAAUCCAAUGGAGAAGAAUGCAAGACCCAGAACAUCUUUUUUGCCACAGUCACAGGAACGGGUCAGGUCUGGUGAGAAGCAUCAAAACGCAGAACAUAUUCCUGAUGUUAUGGAUUCCUGUCUGCAAAAGAUCUUUCUUAGCGUCACAGCAGACCUGAACUGUAAGCUGUUCUCUAAAGAGCAAAGGGAACACAUAACCACUAUGUGCCCCAAGGUCAAAAAGAUGGAAGGGGACGAUGGAAUUGAGAAGGUGUGCGGCACCUUCAGAGAUAUUGAAAAAAUAUAUCACUUCUUGAAUAAGCAACUCCAAGAAAGUGGGUGCAAAUUUGAAUCUUCCCCUUUGACAAUGGAGAGGAAGCCACUCCAUCAGCAGAACCAGAAGAACAGCUGUAUUUCUCCCUUGGAACCAAAAACCAAGGCAGAAGACGAAAGCCACCGUCUUGAAAUUCCCUUGCCUUUCUUUGAGUAUUUCCAGUAUACCUAUCCUGAUAAAAUAGACUCGAUACAGAAAAGAUUUGGUGUAAAAAUUAAAAUAAUAACUCAGGAGAGUUCUCCGAAUACUGUCUAUUUAGACUUCACCUCCAAUCCAUCAAGUGAUCUCCAAGCCGCUAGAGAGUCUUUUAUCAGUGAAUUUCAGAAAACCGUGGGAUCUCUGGAGCAGAAAUGUGUUGCUUUUGCAGACACUGAACAGACCAAUGAGAUCAAACAGAAACUGAAUCAACGAUUUACAAAGCUCCCUAUAAAGGAGAAAGGAAGAGAAUUAACUCUCCUUGGGACCCAAGAUGACAUUUUCGCUGCCAGAUAUUUUUUUGACCUAAAAGCCUCUGAAAGUCUUGUCAUGGGACCUGUGAAAAUAUCGACUCCCACAUGCCUGAUGAAUAGAAUUGAAGUUGACACAGCUCACUAUAUGCUUGUAAAAGCUGAAUUACUCCAGGAGAUGACAGAAUUAGAAGAAAAGUACGAUACUCGUUGUGAGGUUUGGGGAGACAGUAAUAAAAUCCACAUUCUCUUUGAACCUAAGGACAAGGAAUUCGAUCUGUCUGCCCAUGCUUAUUCCAGUUUCAUCGAUGCCUAUCAAUAUGUGUCAAGUCAGCUGAUGAGAGAAGUUCUUUCACUGAAACCUCUGGGCAAAGAGAGAAAGCACUUACAUCAGAACAAGUUUGCAGAUGACUUCAGAGAAAACCAUCCGCAUGUACACUUUGUACUAAAUCAAGAGUCAAUGACUUUGACUGGGUUGCCAAAUCACCUUGCAAAGGCAAAGCAGUAUAUCUUUAAAAAAGUGGGAAUGUCCCUGUUAGCUGGAGAUCAAAAGAAUGAGGACCAAGAAACACGCGUGGACAUUGAUAGUAAUGACUCAAAAGUAGCUCUCUCGACAUUCCAGCACUCUGCCAGUUCCGGGGCGUCAGGAGGGGAGAAGGAAGAGGACAUAUGUAGCAUCUGUAUUGACAUCAUUAGAGACAAACAAGUGCUAUCGAAGUGCAAGCACGCAUUCUGCACCUCUUGUAUUAACAAAGCUUUUUCCUAUAAGCCGGUCUGUCCUGUGUGCCAGACUUGCUAUGGUAUCCAGAAAGGCAAUCAGCCAGAGGGAACCAUGACUGUUACCGUCCUAAAAGACUCACUUCCAGGUUAUGAAUCCUGUGGCUCCAUUAUGAUUACUUAUAAUAUGAAAGGAGGCAUACAAACAAAAGAGCACCCAAACCCAGGAAAGAAAUACAAUGGAUUACAACGAAGAGCUUACUUGCCUGAUAAUGAGGAAGGAAAUGAGGUUUUGAGACUGCUUCGUAGAGCCUUUGAUCAAAAGCUGAUUUUCACAGUGGGGGAUUCUCGAAUGCUAGGAAUCUCCAAUGUCAUUACAUGGAAUGAUAUCCACCACAAAACGUCUCCGUUUGGGGGACCACAAAUGUAUGGCUACCCUGAUCCAGAUUACCUGAAACGUGUCAAAUUGGAGCUGAAAAGUAAAGGAAUUGAGUAAGAAGUGAUGUCUUGAGCCAAGCUUUCAAAAGACACAGUUGAAGAAACACUUUUUAAAUUAUUUCCUCUUGGGGCACCUGAGUGGCUCAGUGGGUUAAAGCCUCUGCCUUCAGCUCAGGUCAUGAUCCCAGAGUCCUGGGAUCGAACCCCACAUCGGGCUCUCUGCCUGACAGGGAGCUUGCUUCUUCCUCUCUCUCUGCCUGCCUCUCUGCCUACUUGUGAUCUCUCUCUGUCAAAUAUACAAAUAAAAAUCUUAAUAAAUAAAUAAAUUCAUCUCAAUGGGGCACCUGGGUGGCUCAGUCAGUUAAGCAUCUCCUUCAGGCUCAGGUCAAGACCCAGUGUCUGGGGAUGGAGCCCUGAGUCCGGCUCCCUGCUCAGCAAGGAAUCUGCUUCUCCCUCUCCCACUUCCCCUGCUUGUGCUUGCGCUCUCUCUCUCUUUCUCUCUCUCUGUCAAAUAAAUAAAUCUUAAAAAAAAUUUUUGUUUGUCUCAAGAAGUGGUCUGUGUAAGAGUGAGAAUGUGCUAGUCUAUCAUUUCUGGAAUGUUACUUUUAAUGGAAGAUAAAAGCUCCAAAUAUUUGUGUGA